AUGAGUUUCCAGGAUAUCGAGACGGGCCAGUCCCGUUCAGCAUUUUCGAGUAUCUCAGUGUCACCCCAGUCACGAGAGGACUCUGCGUUUCUUUCACUGCAAUCCUCGCUUUCCCUACAAGUAUUCAAGAUCAAUUCCAAUGUCCAAGGAAUUCUCAAACUCGUGGAUCAAUUGGGCACUACCAAGGACUCGGCUUCAUUGCGGAAAUCCCUCCAUGACCUCACGGAGACGACUAGGGCCAUGGCCAAGCGCGGUUCCGAAGAUUUGAAGAGACUCUCGUCUAUGCCAGUGUCCAGCCCUCAACAUAAGACCUCUUUGCAGAAGGUUUCUCAUGACCUCCAGUUAUCUAUGGUGGCAUUCCAACGUGCGCAGCAUGCCAGUGCGGAAAGGCAAAGAACCGUUGUGGAGGGUGUCAAGAUCGCUAUUGAAGAUGAGCAGCCACGACAUUCGGAACCCUCUUCCUCCCCCCGACUACAACAAGCCCAGCUACUUCAUUCGCAAUUGUCUCCUCACGAGCUUGCGUACCAAGAAUCUCUCAUCCAGGAGCGUGAAACAGAGAUUCAAGAGAUCGAAGCUGGCAUACAUGAACUGUCUGAGAUAUUCCGUGAUUUGGGCACGUUGGUCAAUCAACAGGGUAGCAUGUUAGACAACAUCGAGUCUAACAUAUACUCAGUAUCCGCUGAUACCCAAGGCGCAGCGCAGGAACUCACAGUUGCAUCGGAGUACCAGCGAAAGGCUGGUCGCCGAGCGACUUGCCUGUUGAUCGUUAUCGUGUUUGUAGUGGCCAUCGUACUAAUAGCGAUUUUGUCGCCAUGA